AUGACAGAACGCCUACGGUCUCAGACCUCCUCGAAGGAGGGAGGAGAUAUGCCAAAUGAAGCCACCAUAUCCCAAGACGGUCCACCUGAAGUUCAGCGGCGUCAGCAGAGCGCUCUUGAGAAUCCUUCCAGAAUUACAAGAAAAAGUCGACCCGCUCAACGGAGGCCUGCUGCCGUUCAGUUGUUCUUGGUGGUGCUUCUGGGCAUCAUAGUAUUCUCGGCUGCAAAAGCACGAGUACAACGGGGAGGUAGCCCUCACGCAGCGCCGGUGUCAGACCAACAACCCCCCGAGCUUGCUCAACAUCCGACGCCCGAAGAGGAACCCCUUAAGUCUCUUGAUGAGCACCUGGAGCCUCAGGAGAAACCCGUUAAGUCUGCUGAUGAUGAUUUGAAGCCCCAUGACAAACCAACGGAGUUUGCUGAAGGAGAACUGGGUCUUCAUGAGGAACUUGUUACGGCUGGCGAUGAAGAUUCGAAACCUCAUGAAGAACCGCACAUGUCUGUUGAAGAAGGCCUGAAGUCCCAAGGGGAGCCCGUCAAGUCUGUAGAUGCAGGCAUGAAGACCCAGGAGGAACCCCCUAAGUCUGUUGAUGAGGAUGUGUACCCCCACGAGGAAGUUGCUCAGUAUGCAGAAGAUUUGGGGCCUUAUGAGAUGGGGUUCCAUGACAGUGUUACGAAGCUCUUAGCAACUUGGGAUUUUUCGAGUCCAACUGUGAGAAGAGCCUUUGCAAGGUUCUAUACACCUUCAACUAACAAGAAGAAAAAACCCCCUCUUGACCCGAUGAGCCUGUACAAGAAGCACAUAGAUGCAAUGAAGGCGACCAAGCGACCGGACCCUUCAGAUUUGGAAACAUGUGAGGACUACAAAUUGAAUUUGUUGCUGCUGACGGGGGUUUGCGAUGCAGCGUCGGAAACGCUGAGUGCGCUUGAAUCACUGUAUGACUUGUACCAAACCACACGUACACCAGUGCCAAUACUAGGCUUGGGAAGCAGCUAUCAAAUACCGUCGUUAGCAGAGUGGAUAGACCUAGCGCGUGUAGAGGGAAAGACCAUGGCCGAAUAUCUUGAAGGAGUUGACGAGGUUUUGGAGGGUGUAUCUCCAGAGGAGGUUUUAGCUGAGUUGCCUCCUGAGGCCAGCAGCAUACCUGGCGUCAACAUGUUAGGAAAAAUGGGGAAAAUGUUCAAAUUUUUCGGGGGUCCCAAGUUAAUCCUUAAAGCGCUAGGCAUGACGGACAGGGUGCACCCGGAAUUGGUUGAACUGCUUGGGAGUGCAGCCGGCCAGAAUGUAAUCUUAAAAGAUUGUGCCACAAAGGCAAGGGAGAAAUUUCUCCCCUUCUUGACUGCUCAAGGACUUGAUAAAGGGGGAACGCCUCGUAGGACCACUCCCGUGAGACUACUUUAUUUACACAAUGAGUUUGAUACCCAACAGGUUUUCUUUUCUCCAAGUAAGCAGGCAGGUGAGAGUCCUAUGGACGUCAUUCAGCGCUUGUUGAUCUCCUCAGCCUCUAUAUGGUCUACAGAGGAGAUGUUUGCUCACGUGCAGCACUACACCGAUAAAAAUAAAAAAUUCCCUGAGGAAGAACGUAGCAGCAAAAGAGACUUUAUGGACACGAAAAAGAGCGGAAAUUUGAAACGCAACGUUGAUGAUUUGGAAUCUAUCGUCAGGUUCCUCCUCUAG